CCGGGGUCCUGCGGGGCGGCGGCGGGCGGGCGGAUCGGUGUCUCCUUCACUUCGCCCUCCAGUGCCAGCGGCUGCAGCAGCGCGGCCUCCUCACGGCGAGACCCGCCCGCGCCCCCGGCCCCGCUCCGCCCGGUCCCGCCGCCCUCCCGCGCUAGCCAGAGUCUCUGCGUUGGCCUGGCUAUGGCUGUGUCGCUAGAGUGCCGACCGCCGAGGACUCCAAUGGCGAUUCCUCCAUCAUAUGCAGACCUUGGCAAAUCUGCCAGAGAUAUCUUCAACAAAGGAUAUGGGUUUGGGCUGGUGAAACUGGAUGUGAAAACAAAAUCUGCAAGUGGAGUGGAAUUUACAACAUCUGGUUCAUCGAACACAGACACUGGAAAAGUGAAUGGAAGCUUGGAGACCAAAUACAAGUGGGCUGAGUAUGGGCUGACUUUCACAGAAAAAUGGAACACAGAUAACACUCUGGGAACAGAAAUCGCAAUUGAAGAUCAGAUUGCCAAAGGCUUGAAGUUGACAUUUGAUACAACUUUCUCACCAAAUACAGGAAAGAAAAGUGGUAAAAUUAAGUCAGCAUAUAAACGUGAAUGCCUAAACCUAGGUUGUGAUGUUGACUUUGAUUUUGCUGGGCCUGCAAUCCAUGGUUCAGCUGUAUUUGGUUAUGAAGGCUGGCUUGCUGGUUAUCAGAUGACUUUUGAUAGUGCCAAAUCAAAAUUGACAAGGAAUAACUUCUCUGUGGGUUACAAGACUGGAGACUUCCAGCUGCACACUAACGUCAAUGAUGGUUCAGAAUUUGGUGGGUCAAUUUACCAGAAAGUGAGUGACAAUCUUGAAACUGCCGUAAACCUGGCAUGGACAGCUGGUAGCAACAGCACUCGUUUUGGAAUUGCAGCUAAAUACAAGUUGGAUCCCACCGCUUCUAUCUCUGCAAAAGUGAACAACUCUAGUCUAGUUGGAGUGGGUUACACCCAGACCCUGAGGCCAGGUGUGAAGCUUACUUUGUCUGCCCUGAUAGAUGGAAAGAGCAUCAAUGCUGGUGGCCAUAAACUUGGUCUUGGCCUGGAAUUGGAGGCUUAAAAAGGCGAAGAAACUGCUGCAGAGAAGGGAUAUCAGAAGAAUUUGGCCUUAAAACGUAUUUCCAAUGUGACCAGCAGGCUUUUUCCCAAAAAGAGUACAAGAGCUGUAUUUGUAUUUAGACAGUUACUUGUUAGCUGGUUUCUAGUUAAAUUGGUUACCCGUCUAGUUACAAGUCUGCACUAGCGCAGUCACUUAAACAUUAUUUAAAUGUAUUUAACUGUUCAAUGCGCUACCCACAAAUAAUGAAAUAGACAUCUGAGAAAACUGUACAAUUGUGUGCAUGUUUGUUUUAUGUUCCUUUUAACAUUCGAUAUUGCUGUUGAAUGAAAAACGGAUCAGUGGAUAUCUUGAAAUGAGGUCAACAGUUUUGUCCAAUCACCUUAAGUAGAAAUACAUUUGGUAUCCCGAGAUGACUCAAAUUAUGAAUAAAACAAGUACACACAUA